AUGGAGUCCGCCUCACCUGUUUCUUGGUCUAUCUUGCCUGCACCAUCAGGAGGAGCCUCGCUGUUUUGCUCCGGGGAGCAGUUGUUGUCAAUAUCCGACUCCCUAGUCUAUGUAUUUGCACUGUGCAACUACCCUUCACUGCUCACCAAUGGUAUCUUGAGACUCGAGCAGAUGGAAGAUACUCCGCUGGAGCACUUCUCCUCUGAAGAGCGGAGAGAACACUGUGUCUUCGAGCAGCUCUUAGAUUCGUACCCUGGCCUUCUGGAGCGAUUGAAAAAUGGGUCCGAAGAGGACAUUCUUCACAUCAGAGAGCUAGGAGCCUCAGGUGCAAGAGGUGACAACACAAAAACAUUGAAGUCCGCAGUGCUUGAUUGGAUUUCCCCGAAAGGAGAAGCAAUCCAGCCUCCUUUACACAGAAAUUCGAAGAUUGACCGUGGCUUCAACCAUGAACUUACAGGGUCCUUACUUUGUCCCGCUGGAUUAGACUGGAAUGACUCACAGACCAAAGAAAAUCUCCGAAGUGGCAAAAUGUUAGUCUGCGGAGAUCAAUGGCCCAUCUUUGUGUAUGCCCACCAGACUUAUGACCCUGAUGAUCCGUGGUGUGGUCUCCUCAGGAGCUGCUUGCUUGUAUCAGCUUACAAGCACGUCUUCACGUCUCCAAGUUCGGUCCGAUUCGCUCUAAGCUCAUCCUCGGUGUUCUCGAGGACUGACACAGCUACUGACUCAGAGACAUUUUACCAUAGCCUCCUUGAUCUCCUGGAGGACCCUGAUGAAUCAAGAGAAGUCGAUGAGUUACUGAUGUGGUGGAAUCGACAAGUCUUUCCCACUUCUGCCGCUGCCAAACGACCUAUCACCGCCAACAGUGUGUUAUCGAAGAUCUGA